AUGGCGGCGAGAUCCAGCAGAUCCAUCGCGAGAAACGUCCACCAAAUGGCGGCGAGAUCCAACAGAUCCAUCGAGAUCCAGCAGAUCCAUCGCGAGAAAUUGUGCACGCAAGAUAUCCAUCGCAAGAUCCAGAUCCAGAGAUCCAAUAACAUCAGAAUAUCCAAUGGCAGAGAUCGUGCACCUGAGAUCGAGAUGCACCAAUGGCGGCGAGAUCCAGAUCAUCGCAAGAAAUUGUGCACGCGAGAUAUCCAUCGCAAGAUCCAAUGGCGGCGAGAUCCAGAUCAUCGCAAGAAAGCGGCGAGAUCCAGAUCAUCGCAAGAAAUUGUGCACGCGAGAUAUCCAUGGCAAGAUCCAGAUCCAAAGAUCGGCAUAUUUUCUACAAUUUUUUCUUGGUGUUUGUUCUCUGUGAAAUCCUUGGAUCCUGAAGAAGUUGCGAAAAUUUGUAACCAUCUUCGAUUAGACCUGGACGAGGAGCCGAUUAAUGUUUCGACAGAUGCUCUCCAAAAUGGUGUAGCCGUGCACGAACUUCGUAGCGCCGUAAAAGAAGCCCUCGAAAACCGCGCUAUUGUACUACCGCUGUAUUUCUAG